AUGAACAUUACCAACUCACCUGGAGCACAGGCAAGAAUUGCUAAUGGGUUCUUUAUGAACAAGACAUUUCCGAUAAGAAAGAGCUAUGCGGAAAUGAUUGCCCAAAAGUUUGGCGCUUUGAUAGAAACUUACGACUUUAGGCAGGCAGGAAAAACUGCUAAGAUUAUCGACAACUUCGUAAGUCAAAAAACUGGUGGAAAAAUCGAAAACUUCAUAAAAAGUGAUGCAGUAGAAGGUGCAGAUGCCCUUAUAGUAAAUGCAAUUUACUUCAAAGCUGAUUGGCAUUACACGUUUAACAAGAAUUUCACAAGAGAGGCUUUAUUUUAUCAUUCUGCAGAUGAUAAAGGAAAGGUGAACUAUAUGAACGAGUACGGAAGAAAUCGCAUGUAUGCUGAGAAUGAAGUCGUUCAAGUUCCAUCGCUACCUUAUAAGGACACAUCCUACUCUUUCAAUAUAUUUUUGCCUAAGAAAAGAUUCGGCAUUGAUGAGCUCCGUACAAAGUUGGAUGCAGCUACGAUCCGAAAUCUGCUCUCACGGCUAAAGUCAACGCAUUUAGACCAAAUAUCAAUCCCCAAAAUGAAACUUGAAAAGGACUACGAUUUGAAACAAGCUCUGUUGGCUAUGGGUGUUUCCGAUCUUUUUGAUCGUAAUUUGGCCGAUUUGUCAAUGAUUUCAGAAGACCACCUGUAUGUAUCCGACGCAAAGCAUAGAGCUUUUAUUGAGGUUGACGAGAAGGGAACAACUGCAGCCGCGGCAACUCGCAUCAAAAUCUAUAGGAAAGUAAGUAGAGAAAUACAUCCCAGGAUCCAGAGAAAUUUCAUCGCAGACCACCCAUUCAUUUUCAUUCUUACUAAGGAUAAAAAUGCUCUCUUCAUUGGGCAAUUUAUAUGA